CCAUGGCGGGGCGGGCAGCGCUGAGGCGGGGGUGAGCGGGCGGUGAGGGGGCCGGGCGGGAGCCCUGAGGGGGCGGUGAAGAGGCAAGGUGGGAGCCCCGCGGCGGCGAUGAGCGGGCUGUGGCGGGGCCGGGCGGCGAUGAGCGGGCUGUGACCGGGCCGGGCGGCGAUGAACGGCUCGGGGCGGCUGCCGGCCGGGCCCGCGGAGCAGCUGGGCGCGAACGGCAGCGGCCCCGCGGAGCUGCGGGAGGGCACCCACGCCGCCACGCUGGCCGCCUGCGCCUCCCUGCUGGCCCUCGUCUUCUGCCUCGGCUCCUACGGCAACCUCAUCGUGCUGCUCUCCUUCUUCGACCCGGCCCUCCGGAAAUUCCGCACCGACUUCGACUUCAUGAUCCUCAACCUCUCCUUCUGCGACCUCUUCAUCUGCGGCGUGGCCGCCCCCAUGUUCGCCUUCGUCCUGUUCUUCGGCCCGGCCCGCGGCGUGCCCGGCACCUUCUGCUUCACCUUCCACCUCACCAGCUCCGGCUUCAUCAUCAUGUCGCUGAAGACGGUGGCGGUGAUCGCGCUGCACCGGCUGCGCAUGGUGCUGGGCAAGCACCCGCACCGCGCCGCCUCCGCGCCCUGCUCGCUGCUGCUCACGCUGCUGCUCUGGGCCGCCAGCUUCACCCUGGCCACGCUGGCCACGCUGCGCACCCGCGGCUCCCGCCUCUGCCUGCCCAUGGCCAGCCUGCCCAGCGGGCAGGGCAAGCUCAUCCUCUACCUCUACGUCACCGACUUCAUCUGCUGCGUGGCCGUCGUGUCCGUGUCCUACGCCAUGAUCGCCAGGGCCCUGCGCAGGAACGCGCGGGCGAGUAAUUGCCCUCCGGCCGUGGGCACCCCCAGGGCUCAGCCCUUCGCGGGGCCCGGGGCCGUGCCCGCUCUGUACAGGACCCAGAGCUGCACCAAGCCGCCCCACGGCCACGCCAAGCUCGUCGGCCGGCUCCCGCUGGCCUCGGCCGUCAACCUGACCACGGCCAAGGACUCCAAGGCGGUGGUGACGUGUGUGGUCAUCGUGCUCUCCGUCCUGGUGUGCUGCCUGCCCCUGGCCAUCUCCUUGGUGCAGGACAUGCUGUCCGGCAGCGGUGGCUUUGUGCUCUACCAGUUCGAGCUGUGUGGGUUUACCCUCAUUUUUUUCAAGUCGGGAUUAAAUCCCUUCAUAUAUUCCCGCAACAGCGCGGGGCUGCGGAGACGCAUGCUCUGGUGCCUGCAGUACGCGGCCCUGGUCUUUUUCUGCUGCAAGCACAAGACGAGGCUUCGAGCCAUGGGCAAAGGCAGCCUGGAGGUCAACAGGAACAAGUCGUCCCACCACGAGACCAACUCGGCCUACAUGUUGUCUCCGAAGCCUCAGAAGAAGGCUUUGGAGCAGGCAUGCGCUGCCAGCCAUUCCAAGGACAGCGUGCUGAGCCCCAAGGCGUCGGCGGGGCCGCAGCAGCACUACGGGCAGAGCAGCUCCACGCCGAUGAACACGCGGAUCGAGCCCUACUACAGCGUGUACAACAGCAGCCCCUCGGCGGAGGGCAGCACCCCGCACAGCCUGCAGCCCGCCGGCUCCGCCUUCGCCUUCGCCAAGCCCUGCGGCGCCGCGCUCCAUCCCUCCGGCGGCGCCGCUCCCGCCAGGCACAUCCCGCUGCCCUCCGUGUAGCCUCGGCACCACCCAGCCGUUCCAGAGGGAGGAAUUGCGCCAAACUCCUUGAUGCUGCCGCCAGGGGAUAGAAACAGCGUGUCCCGUUUGCGUUGGAAGCAAACUCGGGGCCGGCGCCUCCUUGACGCGCUCUGGAGUUCCCGUGGAGAGCCAGCAAGGGGGAUAUUUGAGAUUUGGAAUUGUUGCACGAGGGUGGUUUUGUUGCUAAGUUUUA